AUGGAACACAAUAACAUCAUAAACGAAGUUGUUAAGCUGAAAACGGAGCUGAAAAAUGCACUGGUGGAAAAUGGGCAGCUAAAAAAGAGGCACCAGGAAGACACAGAAAAGAUGAACAUAGUUUCGCUGAAAAACGCCACUCUGUUGAGUGAGAUAGCGGACGAGAAGAAAAUGCUGCAAGUGGAAUUCAAUAACUACAAGGAGGAGUCAGUAAAGGACAUAAAGAGGCUACAGGAGGAGCUGGACAAAAAUGUAAUUAUGUUAAAUUGUCUUAAGGACGAAAUUCUCUUCAAGGAAGAGGAACUGAAGAAGGCGGAAGUAAUUGAGAAGCUAUACAAGGAGGAGACCCAAUUGAAUCAAGAAAAAGAUAGGAAGAUUAAAGAGUUAGAAAACAUCCUAACACGGAGGGGAGCGGGAGAAAGGGAUGCACCUUCAAAGGAAGACCAAACGAAUGAUAGGCAUCUCGAAAUGGAACAAAAGAACGAAGAAUUGAAAGCGUUAAAUAAAAAAUAUGAACACCUAAAAAAAACAAACAACGAAAUUGAGAAGAAAAUAUACUUCCUAAAGGAAGAAGUAGAUUAUUACAAAAAUAAUGAAAACAGUUUUAUAAUGCAAAAUAUUUUUAAUGCGGAAAAUAAUUUAGACGAUUUGACGUGCAAGAAGUAUCUUUUGAAGAUAUCAGUCCUGUACAACGCUUUACACACAAUUGUCGUGUGUGAUCAGAGAAGUCUAUUCGAAAAAGACAAAUUGAUUUACUCCCUGGAGAAGGAAAAUACCCACUUUUUGAAAAAAUUCAUUGCAGAUGAGAUGUACUGUCUUUACCUCAAAGAUUGUAUCAGUAAAAUUAACUUGACGUAUCAAAUUGAUCUGCACAAACAGGAGAAGAAAUAUAUGCUACUCAACUCAGAGUACGAUCAGCUGUACAGUAAGUUUCUGCAGGAAAAGAACGAGAAUUGCUUACUCAACGAAAGGUAUGAUAAAAUUAUUUUCAAUCAAAAGAAAGAAAUUAAUAACUUGAAGAGCCAUAUCUCGAUACAGAACAAGGAUAAAGAAAUUCUUACCAAGUAUAUCGACAACUACAUCACUUAUAUAGAGAAUUCCUAUGAGAAGUAUUGCCUUCUCAAUACAGAGUAUAAAAAUUUAGAAGAGUUAGUCAAAGACUUGGAGGAAAAAAACAAAAACUUGAUGAUUCUUGUUAAUGGGAUAAAUGCAGACAUGGAGGAGAAUCAUUCCAAGAGCACCGAACUAGAGAAUGAUAAUAGAGCAAAACAUAAAAGGAACACCAUAACGAUGGAUAUUGAUCAUAUGAAGUUAAUCAAGAAUGAUAUCAAAGAUAAGGACAUAAAAAUUAUCGAAUUGGAGAGCAAAAAUCUGGAACUUCAAAAAACCAUUGACAAACUUAACGACGAACUGGUGAGGAACAGAAGAACGGAGUACGAAGAAAGCGAGUCCUCCAAAAUUAAAGACCUCUGCUUCGAUUUAAAGGAUAUCUGCUCCAAAUUGGAACUAGAAGUGAAGGAGAAAAAUUACAUCAUAGAGGAGCUCACCGAAAAGAUAACUCAGGCAGACAAAAAAAGCAAGGAUAAUCAAGUCAUCCUAGAAUUGUCCGAAUUUAGAAUUCAAAAUUUUAAUGAUAAUAUGAAAUAUUACCAACAGAAAGUGGCCGAAUUUGGUGAAAAACUGCAAAAGAAAGAAGCUGAAAUGGCUAUCUUUCACGAAUAUAAUGAACGGUUAAAGGAGGAAAAGGAAAAAAUGACCUACGAGCAGGUCAAACUGGUGGACCGGCUAAACGAAUUACAACUCGAAAAUGAACAUCUGAGGAAUGAAGUAAUCUUCCUAAAAAAAGAAGCCUCCUUAAGUAAGAACCACCCUGCUGAGAAGGACAAAGUUAAUCCAAGUAACAAUCGUGUUAUCAGCGCAGCCCUAGUGGCGGAUGACAACUCCUACGUGAAUGAAAAAUCCACGACUCAGAACGAUGAGCGCAGCGAUCACCAUUCUGAGUACGAAGAAAAGGCAGAAACAAACGGCAGCAUCUAUAAAGGCAUCUUCAAAUUCAUGCAACCUAAGAAGAACACCCAUGACGAAAAUGACCAACUAGGGUUAACAGUAGCCAAACUGACCGACGAAAAUUUGCUCCUCAUUAAGGAAAAUGAAGAAAUUUUUGAUAAACUUCAGACGGUGUCCAGCGAAAAUGUGAAACUUAAAAACGAGUGUAUGUACGUCAAAGCGGAUGCAGAAAAGUCACUCUUCUAUCUUGAGUAUGAAAAAAAGGAAAAGCUAAAAUAUAAAUUAUUGCUCAGGCAAAAUAAACGAAAAGGGAAAGAGCUGAAGAGAACAUUUAACAAAAUGAUGGGCACUAUGAAAGAUCUAAUCAUCAGUGUAAAAAAAAUUGACAAGGAAAACAAGAAAAAUGAUAUUAACAACUCCUUCUUUAUAUCCUCUUCCUCCGAAAAUAAUUCCACUGAGGAACUCAUCUCAGAUAACGACAACACAAACACGCAGUUUGUGGUAUCUUCUGUGGGCAAGUCCAAAAAGAGUCUCAACAACACCAGUGUCGACGGUAAGCAUAGCUUUUACAGCAGAUCGACCAAGGUUCCUAGAGCCUCGGAAAAUGAAAACGGGGGCGGAGAAAGACAAUCCCAGGGGAGGAACACACACCGCACACAUAGGAACCAGAGAAAAUCCACCAAGAGAUACAUGAAAAUUCGAAUGCACAGAUUCUCCAUUUGCAGCAACUUUAAGAUAAACGUAAACAAGUAUAAGAAGGCGUGUAAGGAGGCGGAGGAAGGCGCCAUGUUCUUCCUGAAAGAUACUGGCUGUGCCAACCUCCACUCGUUGGCAAUUCAGCCGAGAAACGCCAAAGGUCUGGAUACGUUUUACUCCAUCCCGAACAGCAGCGACUCCAAGGUAAUAAACGUAUCAGAGGAGGAGAAGAAGAAACACAACAAGAAGAGAAAGGCAAACAAUUUUUCCAUAUUUCAGACUUCCAAAAUGAUCAACGAUCUUAACUACAUUCGAAGAAAGUAUGAGUCGAAAGUGAAGGAAACAUUAACCAUGCAGAAGAAGUUGAUGGAGAAUGAGAAGGAGCUGAACGGCACCAAUAUAAAGUACGAGAAUCUGCUGAACGAACACGAUUCGCUCAUUUCGCAGAUUAAAGAAAGGACGGAAAAGCUAUCCAGCAUAGAAAAAAAUUACAAUCUCUUAUUUGAAAAGUACAGCGAAACACAAGACGAAAUGAAGAUGCACGAAAAGAAGUCACAGGAAAUUUUUAAUGAGUGUAACGAGUUAGUAGAAUAUAUGAGAAAGAAGGAAAACAAAAUUAAAGAAUUCGAUGACCACUUAAAAAAAAUGGAAAUAAAAUACAAGGAGGAAAAAGAAAAAAAUGACAUCCUCACAAAGGAUAAUGUCUCGCUCGAUAAUUUAAAUGCCAAGUAUAAGGAAGACAUCGAACUGUAUAGGAAAAAACUGGAGAGUAUGCAGACGGAGUUAAAGUUAAGACUGUCCAAAAUUGAUGAGCUGGAGUUAAUUCAGAAAAACUCCGAAAAUGAAAUGUUCUACCUAAAGUCAGCCACCUACAAAUAUGAAAUAAGUUUGAAGGAGGCCCAUGACGAAUUGAACAAAAUUAACGACGCCACUGUGAAGCUGCGGAAGGAAGUCAGCGAAAAGGAGGUUAAUCUAAACCUGUUAAAGGAGCAAAUCCUAAACAGGGAUUACUUCCUCUACAGCAUAAACGAGUCGCUAAAGAGGAAGGAAUACUUUUACAAAAACGUGAAACAAAGAGUUCAGGGGUUCAAUAGAACCUUUAUCGAAUUGUGCGAAAACUUCGAAAUGAGUGAAGUGAAAAAGUUCAAUGAGCUAUAUGAAGGCUUCGAAUAUAAUGAUGCCAGCUAUAAGAAGCAUAUGCUAAAUUUUCAGCUGCAUCAUAGGGAUAGAUUCGCAGAGACGGUGGAGGACAUCGUCAAGAAGGUGGCUGCACUGAGCGAAUUUAACCUCAAAUAUGAAGAAGAGAAGAACGACAUGGCCAACCGAAUUAAGGAUCUAGAAAACAAACUAAAAAUGAAGAUGAACGAAAAUAACGAACUGUACGAACAGUACGAGAGCAACCUGAAGAGCGUCCUUUUCGAGCGGGACGAACGGGUGGAAGAUUGCCUCAUCCUCUCCGAAGACGUAAAAAAAAAGAAUCAAGAGAUACACACACUUGUCAAAGAGUUGGAAGAAAAAAAUGUCGAAUAUAAUGAAGUACAUAUGAAAUGCACCUUCCUCACUAAUGAGGUAAAAAAUUUAGAAGGCACCAAAAUCCAUCUGAAGGAAAAGCUCAGGGAAAUCGAGUCAGAAAAGGAAAAACAAAUCGACUUCCUCAAAAAGGAAAAUGAUUACCUCAAGGAUGACAUAUCCAGCAUCAAGAAGGUUAUUCACAAUUUGGACGAAGAAAUUGAAAAGCUAAAAGGAACAGUAGAUAGUUUGAAGCAGGAAAAGUACGCCUAUGAAAAGGAGAUCGACAAAAUGAGGGAACUUCUUGAAGAAGAAAAACGGUUUAAUGAUAUUUUGAAAGAAAACGAGCAAAACUUUAUUCAAGAAAUUAAGGAGGCACACCAGUACGCUAUCAGGAAGGAGGAAGAAGUUAACAUCCUAAGACUGAACCACGAAUUAGAGCAGAAAAAGUACGUUGACGAAAUUGAUCACUUAAAAAUUAGAAACAAAGAAAUCCAAGAUUCUGUGAAGAAUCAACUGAAAAUGGUCUCAGACUUGGAACUUCAAAUGCUGGAGUACAAAGUUCUUCUAGAUAAAAACACCAGCAUGAAAAUGCUAGUGCAGGAUUUGGAGAAUAAAGUUGACGAGCUGAUCAAGGACAAUGAAAAAUUGUGCAUCGAUCUGAAGAAAGAAAGAAUUAUCAAUGAAGAAAAGGAAAGAAAUAUCGUGGCACUAAGUGAGGACGUCAAACUGUGCGAAACAAAGAUUCACGAAAACGAAUCGGUGCUCCUCAAACUGAAAGACGAAAAGGAGCAGCUCAACGAAGAAAUAUGUAUUCUCAAUGACAUCAGAAAGAGUAAAGAUUCUAUUAUAGAAGAACUGGAGAAUAAUUUGAGGAAAGCGGUUUUCGGCGAUGUCAAACUGAACGAAAUGGAAAGGUCGGAACUGCAGCAUAAGGUAUUUACAGAGGAGGACCUCGGCAUUGCCAAAGAGAAGGAGGAAGAGCUAGAUUUUAACGACAUGGUCAAUUCCACCAUGUGCAUUUUUAAUAAUAACGGGAACCCGGGGCCAACCCUAGGUGAUAGUAACAGGAAUAAUGUGGCCAAAAUGAUCGAGCUGAAAAAAUAUAGCCUCUUCCUGAAGGAAGAAAAUGACGCCAUCAAACAGGAACUAAGAAAAUUGAAAGACCAGUCCUCCAUCGAUGAACGGAAAAACGUGGAGAUGCAAAGAAUAAUCGAAAGGAGAGAUGACAUUAUUCAAAAAAUGAACAAUGAAAUAGUUACCUAUAAUGAUAGAAUAAAAUAUUUUGAGAAAGAGACCAACGAACUGAACUCCGAACUGUGCGCAGCCAACGAACUACUCGCCCGUCGAAGUGAUGAAUGCAAAGAGCUGACGACGGAGCUGUACGAACUCACCGAUGUUAAGAAUAAGUUAAUGGUUCGAAACGAAGUUCUUCAGAAACAGGUCGAUUUCUUCAAACAAGAGGUGGAGGAGAAGGCGGAUCUCCUAAACGACCUGGACAUGAAGCAGGCAGAAAACGACACCAAAGAAUGCCAGAAAAACGACAUUAUCAGCGAAUACAACCAGACAUUAAACAUGUACUACAAAAUGUGCUCGCGCAUUAUUUAUUAUAAGAAGUACGUCGAGAAGGAGCUCAGCGGGGGCGGCACAGGGGAGGUCCAAGGCGGCUACGUGGGGAUCACCCCUAGUGAGGCCGUACAGCAUAGCAUACAGCGCAGCGUGCAACACGGCGUCUACCUGGAGGACUCGCCGCUGAUUCACUCAUUCCAGAGCGAACUUGCCAAUCUUAACCCCUCCGACACGAACGAAAUAUCCAGUUACAUCAACGAAUUUCUCAAGUGCGUGCGGCUGCUCAUUUUUAAAAAAAGACUAUUCCAGUCCAAGCUGGAAAACGCAGAGAGGAAAUACAACGACUUUAAAGAAAAGCUCAAGGAAGACAGAGAUGUUAUAAGCGAUUUGAAAAAAAGGCUAAGACAAAAUGAGGAGAAACACCUGAACAUCAACAGACAAGAGAACCAAGACAGCCGAAAAUAUAGCCCCCUCUGGGAAGAAGCAGACUCCCUCUCGGUCAACUACAAAGAGCUCAGCACAGAUAUAAGAAAAAGCCAAAGUAAAAAUGAACAACUAGAGAAAAAAAAUAUGCUAAUCCUAAAAUACGAAAAUGAAAAACUGAAAGAAGAAAAUAAAUAUCUAAAUGAACAGAUAAAUAGUUUGAUCCACCUGCAAAAUAGCAUGACCGAAAUGAAGAAAAGAAGCCAAUAUGGAGAAAAGGAAGGAGCGCAAGAUGAGUACAUGUUCGUGGCGGAAAACAAGUUCCUGAAAUUUGAGGUAGAAACAAUAACCAACGAACUGAACAUUGUUAAGAACAAAAAUGAAUAUCUGAAAAAGAAGGCGGACAACUAUGAAGACAUAAUAGACAGUUUGCAAAAAGAAAUCAUACACAUUUUGGAUAAACAGAAGGAGUGCGACGAGGAGUACUACAAAAUGGAAACCGAGUUGGAAAAACGAAACGAACACAUUGAAGGAUUGAUGCAGAAGAGGAAGGAGGACCAGCAACAAAUCGAAGCGGAGUACUCGAAGAGCCUAAAAUUGGAGAAGGAAUUUCUCGCCUUCACAGAUGACCUAUUCAAGAAGGAAUGCAAAGUCAAGGAGUUGGAAGAAAUAGUAAAAAAUCUAAACCAUGAUAUUAACGCACACAUUGUAGAAAAAGAAGAGCUAAAGAAUAUUGUAGAAAAUUUGAAAACAAAAUAUGGCACAUUUCAAAAUAAGUAUAACGACCUUUAUGAUAUCUUUGAGAAGGAGAAGCAGGGGAAAUCCGAGAUGGAGAAAAAGCAAGAUAGUGCAUUACUCACGAGACUAAAACAUUAUGAUGACAUUAUCUCGGAACUCCUAAAGGAGAAGGAAAAUUUACUAAACAAGUAUGAAGAAUUAAAGAGAGUAUAUGAGGAGAAGCUGAAAGUAGAAUCCCUUCUGCACAAAGAAAUCAAUGAACUCAGAAAGAAUAACGAAAAAUUGAGUGAACAGAAUAAUUCUUUGAUCGAAAAUAUCAACCAGUUGGUUAAACAGAAUGAGGAGUACAAUAUAAAAUUAGUAGAUCUGGACAAGGAAAAAUUUGACCUCUACAUGAAAUAUCUUAAAGUGUCGGAGGAGUUAAACAACCUUUCCGCGUCCCCUCUCCGUUCGAAUCACAGCACAGUCGAUAAAAAUUUGGCGGGGAACAGUCCGGGAGGUGAAUCGCAUGGAAAAGAGUCCAUAAGGGGCAUCCUUAACCAGUACGAUCACACGAAGAGCCAGGACAGGGAGCUCCAAGACACAGAGCGUCUAAUCCAGGCGGGGGAAGACCCUCAAAAGGGAGUCAUUAUAAAUACUGAUAAGAACCAAAUCAGCCACUUGGAAGCCCAAAAUCGUGCCUUUAGGGAAAAGAUUAAUGAAUUGGAGGAACUGAACGGAAACAUAUUUAACGACAAUAAAAUGUUAAUACAAAUGAUUGCCGAGGCAGACAAACGGGGAAUCGACCUACAAAUUGAAGACCUAAAAAGUUUGAGGAAUUACGAAAUUUUGGUGAAAGAAAACAAACUUGAAAAGGAAGAAAACGAACAUUUGAAGUUAGAGAUAUAUAAUUUGAAGAACAAAAUCGAUGAGUAUAGUAUCAUGCUUAAUAAAAAGAGCCAGCACGAGGAACGAAACAAGAGGGCCAAAAAUUACCUCUACUACUUAAAUGACAAGAUCAAAGGGUUCAUAGAAAUCUUCAGCGAAAACAACUUCAAUUAUGAAUACUUCAAAUCGGAACUAAAAAAAAUUAAGUCCACCAAUUUGAUGAUUAUUGAAGAAAAUUUCGAAAAUUUCAAGGAGGGUGGCUACUCCAGAAUAAGUACCCCAAGUAAGCAAACCCAGGAGGACGAUAACAAGAGUGUCAACUCCAAAAUAAUUGUCAAUUUUUUCACUGCCUACAAUGAUACGAGUGCAACCCGAGAAGACGACAUCAUCAUUAACCGAUUCGAACUGAAAAAAUUCUACAAGUGCAUCAUAAAAUUAAAGGAGGAUUAUCACAAGAAAUGCCUCCUGGCUGAUAAUCAGAAGAAUCUCAUUGAGGAAUUGAACAAGGAGAUCUUUAACUACUCCACGCAGAAUAAGACUCUCCAAAAUGAUGAACUUGAAUUGAAGAAAAAACUCACCCAAGUGAUGAAUGAAAAUGCGGCCAACGUUGAAAAGUUUGCCAAACUGAAUGGAAAUUUGAUCAUCAGACUUAACGAGGAAGUCUCUAAAAACGAAAAGUUGAUGUCCGACCUGAGCACACAGAACGGCAUAAAUAGACACCAUGAGGAGAACCAGAAGAGGAUAGAAAAGGCGCUAAAUUUUAAACGUUUCACAAAUGAUGAUUUGUCCAAAGGGGAAGUAGACAGCACGGAAAGAAAUUUACAAAAAAUUCAUAUCUUACUCGACGAAUAUGAAGAACUUGUGAGGAACAAUUCCAAGUUGCUAACAACCAGUGAUAAAGUGAUUGCGGAAAAUGACACCCUCAAAGAGGUCAUUACCAAAAUGGACAAAGAAAUUAACGACCUGACGAUCCAGCUGAACCAAAAGAAAGAACAACUCAGUCAGGAAAAGUGCAAAAAUGAGCAACUCGCACGUCCAAGCGCAAACAAAUUGGCCGAUGAGCAGGGGAAACGUGGUAGUGAUACGCCCCAAAAUGAUAAGGAGCAGUACAACAGAGAUGUCAUACAAGAAUAUGAAGCAAUCCUUCUCACCAUUGAAAAGAAGAACUCCGAAUUGGAGAACCAUUGUGAGAGUUAUCAAAAACGUAAUGAUGAUCUCAGCGACAAAUACGACGCCUUGCUUAAGGACUACAACGAGCUGAAACGUUUUGUGAAAGAAAAGAAACUUGAAUUUAAGAUGGCGGAGGAGAAAAGCCAAAAUGAUGACGAGGACGGGGAAGUCUCCAAGAGUCAGUCAAGAGGCUCUGAAAAAAGGACCUCAAAGGAGAGACAAUCGCCUGGUAUGUUCCUCACAGCAGAUGAGUUGAUCACCCUCAGCAAGCACGUAAACGCCGUUGAGACGCUAAACAAGGAUUUCCUAAAAAAUGAAGAACUAGAACAGUUCAUAGUUUUAAUCAGACAAGACAUUGACAACAUUUUGAGAGAGGACUGCAGGAAGGAGGGACUCCCUAACGAACAUCGCAGCGAAAUUCGUGGCCAACACGGUGGCGACCUGCUCAGCGGACUUCUCAUCCGAUUGAGAGAAAAAGAAAAGGAGGUAAAUUAUUACAAAGACGCGAUGGACAGCCUGAAGAUGCGACUGGAUGGCAAGGAGGAAAUAAUUAAGAAUUUGAAGUAUGCUUACGAAAAUGAUCUGAAGCGAAAAACGGAGUUCACGAAAAGGCUGGAAGAGAAGGUGCAUGAAAGUGGCCCCACCAACCAGGCAGACAUACAGAACAAAGAAAUUUUUUUGAAAUUCCAAAACGGAUAUGAAGAACUGCUGAACGAGUAUAACGUUUCCCUAAAUACGCUAGAACAGACGAAGGGAAAGCUAGAACUACUAAGGAACGAAAAGGACAAAAUGGAAAAAUUAAAAAAAUUAGAAAUGGACGAUAAAGAAUUUAUUAUCAAAAAGUUGGAACUAAUAAACACCCAACUUAAGGAUAAGGCAGAUGAAGUAAGAAAAUCCCUAAGUCAGGAACUUGAAAUGAAGGAAAACAUAAUCAAAGAUAAUGUAGACAUGCUUGACGAGUUGAAGAAACAAGUCGAUUUUUUAAAAAAUGAAAAAAGCAAAAAUAGCAAGUACACCGCAGAGCUAGAAUUGCAGCUAGCCAAUUUGAACAAUGAAAUGAACACACUGAAUAAUCUCCUCCAAGACUCUAAGGAAGAAAUCAACUUGAUAAAUUGUGCCUUGGAAGAAAAAGAAAAUGAAGUUACCGAUUUGAGGAGCAAAUUAGAGAGUUACCUAAAGGAAACGGAGGACAGGACAAUGCAGUAUGAACCUGGACAGACGGGAAGCAAACGUAAUAGUAGCGUCUCAGAGAAGAGACGACAAAGCUUCCCAGGAAGCAGUGAACACAUUUUGAAGGAAAACGAAAUUAUUAAUGAAUUGAAGAGGAAAAGCCAAAUGCAGACUAAUCUACAUUACCAAAAAUUAAACGAACUACGGAUCGAUCUGAAGAAGUCCUUCGUAAGUUACAAUAAACUCAAAUUCGAUAGUGAAAAGAAAAUUGAAGAUUACGAAGAAGAAGCAAAUAACUUAAAAUACUACAUAAAAAAAAUCGAAGAGGAAAAUGAAAAAAAAGAUAAGAAAUAUGCGCUAAUCGAAAUUGCAAUCAAAGAAAUGGAUAAAGACUUAAUUAUCCUGAAAGCACAACUAGAAGAAAAGAGCCUCUACAUUAUAGAUCUUGAAAAGAAUAUACAACGUUAUGAGGCCGAUCUUCAGUUCCUCGAUGAAGACGCCAAAGCAGUGCACCAUGUAAUUAUGACCUACGUCGAAUCGGAUGAAAGUGACAUUGACCACUUGAUGAACCAACUCAGCACCAAGACGAAGACGAACCAUUUCGUUUUCCUCAAGGAUGUCAUGGUGAAGCUUUAUCAAAAAUUUAUUAACGCGCAGAUGAAGCCAAAAGGACGGCGCAGUGGAAGUGAUCACGGUGAUGCCGUUUUGCAGAGGGAGAAGGAAAUUCUAAGCUUGGAAGAGAAGCUGAAUAAAAUCCUUUUCGAAAAAAACGGGCUAGAAAACGAGGUGCGGUUGGUUAAGCAAGAGCUGGACACGCUGCACGAGAAGAGGAGUGCCUGCGCAAAGGAGCUGAACGAGCUUAUGAAUGAACUGGACAAGCGACAUGAACAGCUAAGCCACGCGAAACAUCGAAUGGACGAGUUAGACAGGAGGGAAAAAAACCUACACGAUAAGGAAAGCCAGCAGAUCAGAAAUGGAGGAGAAAUGGUGAAGAGGGCGAAAGAACUGUCCAGCAAAGAGAAAGAAGUGAUGAAGAGGGCGAACGAGCUGUCUAGCAAAGAGAACGAAGUGCUGAAGAAGGCGAACGAGCUCACAACCAGAGUGGAAGAACUAAACAACGAGAAGAUACACAUGGAGGAGCUGAAAAACGACCUGAUGGUUAAGUUCGAAAAGCUGUACAGCGCGCAGAACGACAUCAAAAUUAAGGAAACCAAAUUAAAAAAAAUAUACGAGAAAUUGAAAAACCACAACAUUGUAGAAUUACUAGACAUUAACAACAAUGAAAACUUUUUAAACACAUCGUCGACAAACACUUUUAACAACUCCACGUCGCUGAAGAGAAUAAUUGAAAUGGACCAUGUGGAGAAUGAAAAUGGAAGCCUAAAUCUGGACUCACUCGAGUAUACGACCUACUUCAAGGAGUUUAAAAAAAGAAUUAAACAUUUGAAAAACGAUUUAAUGAAUCGGGAGAAAGACAUGGAGAUAUAUAAAAAGACUCUCGAAAUUGAGAAAAAAGAAAAAGAAAUCUACAAAAUUGAAUUAGAAAAGGUAAAGGAACUUGUGCAAGUCGAACAAAUGAAUCGUAGAAAUCUGGACGAGGAGUUGGAGAAAUAUAAAAAAGAUGACUCCCAUUUUUUGAAGUCCUUAAAAGAAUCGGAGGAACAAUUGAAUGAAAAGAAUAAAACCAUUUUAGAACUGCAACAGAAGCUGAUUGAAACCUCGUACGAAAUGAGCUUGAUGGAUAAUAAGAGCAAUAUUCUACAAGAAAAAAACAAUGAAAGUGAAAAGAAAAUCGAGCAACUUAAUGGUAUCAUCUCCAACUACGAAAAGGAGAUUAACCAAUUGAAUAAGGAGAAGUUAAAUAUUACCAGAAAAUCAAUCGAAAAGAUUAUAGACGAUGGGGAAGACAUUAAAAAGCUGAAGGACAAUUUGGAAGAUACCCAUCAGGUAAUGCUCCAGUUGAAGGAGAAAAAUGAGCAUCUACACAGUGUGAACAAUGAACUACAACAGGCCAAUAGAGACAUGCGAACAGACAUUGAUAUACUGCUCACCAACAUAGAGGACAUAAACGAGGAAAAGAGAGUCAGCGAGCAGAGGCUCAGACAGAGUGAAGACAGGUACGCUGAGCUUAAACGGGCUUACGAAGAAAAGGUACAGGAGGGCGAACAGAUGUACAGCCUCUUAUCCUCCAAGGCGAAAAGGAAGUUGCACUUUGGAGGCCAAGCGGUGGACCACGACGAGGGGAACGAAAGGGGAAGUCAAGUAAAUGGAGAAAUGGAUGGGGAAUCGGACGAUCAGCAGCGCGGCACACUGGACCAGUCCGUAGCUCAUCCACGAAACGAUAUGGCAACCGCCGAAUUGGAAGAGAAACACCUACAUGCACUGAACGAAAAGAACGUACUUAUCGAGUCGUUGAAGGAUAAACUGGCUCACUACACCGAGGAGAAUAGCAAAAAGGAGGAAAUUAUAAAAGAGUACAAAUCUUUGGUAGAUGAAAUUUCAAGCAAAGUGCACAUAUUCGAAGACAACCUGCAGUUCCUUAUCAAACUGAACCAGUUUGUAAAUGACAACAACUACUCAUACGAGCAGGUGCUGGUCAUUCUUGACGAAUCUAUGCUGUACAGAAAAAUAUUGAAUAAGGUACUCCUGGAAAAUCAGUUUUACAGACAAAUUUCUCAAAUUAAGGAAUACCUUUUUGAUAUAAUAAAAAAGAACGCGUCGAACACGAGGGAAACGCUAAAAUUGAGUCUGCUGAAGAGGAGGAACUCGAAGAAGGAGAGCGGCUUGAGCAAUUCGAACCAUGCUCUGUACAUGAGCGAGAAUAUUCACUCCUUCCCACACGAAAAUGACUCCUUGGUGGAUAACGUGGAGUACAUCCUAAGAGCAAUCGAUAGUGACUUUACCAAUUUCGAAAAUGUGUGUGACGAUAUUUGCCACUUACUCAAAAAGGAAGAGUGGCACAAUUUGUGUAAAAAGCUCAACAUCCUCGAGUUCAGCUUUAACAAUGUGGUUAACAAUAUCACCAAUGAAAUUAAAAAGGUUAGCAAGAAGUGCAACGAGAAGGGAGAAUUGAGGAAGAACCUCAAAGUGAUGAAGAAAAAGUUUAAUUCGCUGUCCAACGAUUUUCUAAAAAGCGUGAAGGAGAUGGACAAUCUCAACAUGCUCCUUUCGAAAGAGUCCGAAAAGAACGAGUUGUUGCAGGCCCAAAACGACGAACUGAAGCAACUCUACGAUAAGUUAAAUGGCGACUACAAGGAAAAAUUGGAAGUUAUCCAGGAGCAGGAAUACGAAGUGAAGAACUUGAGAGGGCAACUAAUGGAAAGGAAUGAACACAAUACGAAGGCAGAACAAAUGAACGAGUUCCUCAAGACAGACUUGAGUUAUCUAAAUACGUCCCUCGAUCAGGCGGCCCAAAACUUAAACGAACUGAACAAUGAGAAUGUAAAAAACAAAAGGAGGGUAAUCGAACUGACGGAGGAAAAUACCUACUUGAAGAGCCAAGUGGAGGAUAAAUCCCAAGUUAUAGAGCACCUAGAAAUCAAUCUCGAAUCGAAAAAUCAGGUGAUCAAUGAGCUGAAGGAGUUUAACGAAAUCCUCAUUAAAAGGGUUGAAGGGGGAAGCUCCAAUAGGGAGGACGACCGUCCCGAUGAUGCGCGAAAUAAGGACAGCCCCAAGGGAAGGUCCAGCAGCGCGAAAAUCACGAGCAACAAUGGCAGGAUGAAGGAUGCACAUGCGAGCGACUCGUGCGAGGAAAUAAAUAAAAAGGAGCUGCUCAUCAUCAUGAGCAAGCUAGAAAAUGAUAAUAACAUACUGAACGAAGAGCUGGAAAUUUUUAAAAACAAUUUUAACGCAUUGAAGGAAAAAAAGGAACAGUUGGAAGACAUCAUUAACAGCAACGACUUGGCCCUCAACAGGAGAGAAAUAGAACUCAACGAUGCCAUCACCGAAAAGGAGAAAAUGCUGGAAGAAACCGGCAGGUACAAAACAAAGUGCAUACAAAUGAUAGACAUAUGCUUUAACAAAGAUUUCAAUAUAAUAGACAUAAGGGAGAAAAUUGUGGCCAUCUUCGAAAAUGAAGAUGAAGAGAUCGAAGAAAUUAUCAACUGCCAUAAGAGGCUUCUCUACCACAAUGACAGUAGUACCCACCGAGGGACCCAAGCAGGGAAUACGAACAAAAGGAGUAGCAGCAAGGGCGGCGACAAAUCGGCGCAGCUGCAAGACGAAGACAGAAUGACAAUCAUCGAACAGGAAAAAAUCUUACACAUUGAAGAAAUGAGCAAAAAGAAUGAGGAGCUAAUCAAGAAGAAUGAAGAAAUUUGGAAAAUGAACAAAUACAUUGAAGACUUGAACAAAGAAAUUACCAACAAGAAUUAUCUCAUCAUUAAGCACCAACAAGAUGUGGAGGAUAAAAAUGACAUGCUGGAACAGAACCAGCAGUAUAUUCAGUUCUUAAAAGACCAACUAAAAUUGCUAUGCAAUAACAUCGAUGAAAAUAACUUGUUUGAUAUUAAUAACGUCAAUUUGUCGCCCACGCUUAGGAGCUUCAUAAAGAGGAAGAGCUUCAACGCGAGGUGCUCCUUCGUUGACAUUUCGGAGACGAAGGGGGGAGAGAGCUUCCGCCAGAGGGGAAACAACAGUCGCUUCAACGAAGAGCGCUUCAAACAAAGCGAUCACUUCGACCUAAGCCGGAAGAGGCGCCCGUCCGAAUUCAACAGUCAGGAAAUGUACAACUUCUACGAUGAAAACGAAGUCAAGCUCGAAGAAAUGAACCUAAAAAUGGAUGAACUAACUGACAAACUGAAGGUUGCGGAGAAGCAAGUGGAACUACUAAAGGCGGAAAACAACGAAUUGGUGGAGAAGUGUGAAUUUUUAAAGAAGGAACUCAAGUACACACAAGGCACAAAACGGAAUUUAAUGCUCUGCGAAAGUAGGCUCAACAUACUAGAGAAAGAAUUGGAGGAGAAACAAAAAAAACUGGACGCACAAAACAAAACCGUAAACGAGUGUGUCGAUAUGUACGUGGAAGAAAAUUCCGAAAAUUUCAAUAAAAUUUUGGAACUCAAAAAGGACAACGAAAAGUACAGAAUCGAAGUAAAUAUUCUCAAUGAAGAAAUAGACAAACUGAAAGUCCAAGUGAGUACCUACAGAAAUGACAUCAAAAAUAUCAGCUCCACUUUGGAUUUUUACAAAUCCACACACGACGAAUUAGUAAAUGAAUUCAGCAAAGAAGAAACCACAAAUGUGUACUACAAGAAGUUGUGUGAACUCUUGAAGAAGGAAAAUGAACAUGUGAAGGAAAAUUUGCAGAUGGAGGAAGAAAACAGAGAACAGCUGAUAACAAGCAUGAACGAACUCCGGGAACAGUUAAGCAACUGCAUGAAGGAGAACUACGAAAUCACGCUGGACUUGGAGUUUUUCCAAAGGCAAAAUGGAAUACUCAAGGAUAGCUGCAGGUACUACAAAGAGAGGGAAGACCUUUUAAUAAGUAACUUAAAUGACAAGGACACCAAUUUGAACAUGCUAGAAAAUUUUAAAGAAGAAAAUUUAAAAGAAUUUAUCCAAAAGCUCAAAGACGAAAUACACAAGUUGAAGGACGCCAUUUCGGAGAAAACCGAGACCAUCGUUUCGUUAAAGUACCAAAUAAAGGAACACCAUUUUGAGAGCAUCUCAAAAAAAGGAGCUCAACUUGAUGAACAUAAAAAUAAUGUCCAAGAAAUUGUCAACUUGAAUAAUAUGGCCUACGUCCAAAGUAGCUUAUUUAUUUAUAUUAAUUUAUUCAAAAGUGUUCUUUUCAUUAUAAGUGAAAUUUUGUUCUUUGCCGACCCCACAAAUAGCCUCUAUGUCGAAAUUUUAACUCUUUUAAAGUUAAGGGUGGGAAACCAAGACGCAAAUGUAGAGUUGGAUAACACGAUUAAACAUUUCCACCUUUCCAAAAUCGACUGUGAACAUAUUUUUCAGUCCGUCCUUAAGUCGAAAAGCAUCCUCAGGGAAAAACUUCAGCUUCUCCAGUUAAAAAUUUGUUAA